UCUCAGGCUGCAGACGGGUGGAGCUGGUCGGUGCCUGCAGACAGAACUCAGGACCCAAAAAGUGUCCUUGUGUUUCUGUGUAGAAGUAAAUGCUGAACCAAUAUUUAAACUUUCAAUAAUCAAGUCAAUAUUUUCAUAUCUAGAAUUAAAGUGCUGGAGCUCAAAGCUGCAUGUUAAUAAUCCAGAGGUUCACCUGAAACACCUGAGACAGACUCACCUGGAGCAGGUGCACAGACAGGUGGUCCAUCAGGAUCCAUGUAAUCAUUUGACAUUAAACAUGAACAAACACCAACUGAACGCAUCGGGUUUCUUUUAAAGGAGUAAUAUGUAAGAAAUCUGGUUCAGCAUGCUAACCAGCUAGCCCGGGCCUGUGUUAGCCUGUAAACACCUACAUACCUGCCAGCUAACUGAGCUAACAAGCUAACAGUAGUAACAGUCAUGGGUGCAGUGACAGUUAGCAGCAGGUAGAAGUCCCCCCGUCUGAACUAAAGGAGUCAUUUUCAAACAUAUGGACACUUUAAUGACUUUGAUUAAUGUUGAGUCGUCAAGUUAAAUAUUCAGUAUUCCACGAGCUCCCCAUGUGAACCCUGGUUGUGUUCAGGUGUUUCAUGAGAUCAUGUCCUCUGUGCUGAAACAUCAGGAGGUUUAACUCUACAGUCCACAGUUUCAAUUAAGCUUUUAUUCUGAAGUCGGCCGGAAGUUCCGCGUUGUGUCGCUCCCAGCGUCCCGUGCCUGCCGCCGCUCCCCCGGUUGGUCAGCUGACCGUCGGCCGGUCUGGUGACUGUCAAACCGCCGCAGCUCGCGCCGUGACCCGGACACCAGCACCGCCAGGCCGAGGCCGGUCUGUCCCGUCAUCGGAGCUCCUGACACGGACUGCUUCCUGACGUCCCCCGCUGUGAGCCGCUGCCGGAUCAUCCGCCUCGACCAGCCGAGCUCGUCGCACCGACAGUCGGACCCGAACACUCGGAGUCAGCUGGCCUCCAUCCCGAGCCUGUGUGACCCCCAGCCGGCCCGCNGCCCCGGCAGCCCCCGCUGAGCGCCAUGGCCGUGCUGGAGCUCGCCAUGCAGGGUCUGGCCGUGUUCGGCUUCAUCCUGUUCUUCGUGCUGUGGCUGAUGCACUUCAUGUCCAUCAUCUAUGUGCGUCUCCACCUCCACAAGAAAAGGUCAGAGGUCAAACAGCCGUUUGUGCAGAUGGCAGGAGUUUCUCUGCUGAAGCCUCUGAAGGGGGUCGACCCGAAUCUGAUCUCCAAUCUGGAGACGUUUUUUACACUCGAUUACCCAAAGUAUGAGAUCUUGCUGUGCGUUCAGGAUCAGGACGAUCCAGCUGUUGAUGUCUGUAAAAAAUUGUUGGGGAAAUAUCCCAACGUCGACGCUCGACUGUUCAUCGGGGGGAAGAAAGUUGGUAUCAACCCCAAGAUCAACAACCUGAUGCCGGGCUACGAAGGAGCCAAAUACGGCCUGAUCUGGAUCUGUGACAGCGGCAUCAGAGUGAAACCUGACACCCUGACAGAUCUGACCAAUCAGAUGACAGAAAAGGUGGGAUUGGUCCACGGGUUGCCAUAUGUUGCUGACCGCCAAGGCUUUGCCGCAACACUCGAGCAGGUGUAUUUUGGGACGUCCCACCCUCGCUCCUACAUCUCGGCUAACGUGACGGGGAUCAAGUGUGUGACGGGGAUGUCGUGUCUGAUGAGGAAGGACGUGUUGGAUCAAGCCGGUGGAUUGGUUGCGUUCGCUCAGUACAUUGCUGAGGAUUACUUCAUGGCUAAAGCCAUCGCUGACAGAGGCUGGAGGUUCUCCAUGGCGACACAGGUGGCACUGCAGAACUCUGGGUCGUACUCUAUUGGCCAGUUCCAGUCCCGCAUGAUCAGGUGGACCAAGCUGAGGAUCAACAUGCUUCCUGGCACCGUGCUGGAGCCCGUCUCCGAGUGCUUCCUGGCCAGCCUCAUCAUUGGCUGGGCUGCUCAUUAUGUGUUCAGGUGGGACAUGAUGGUCUUCUUCAUGUGUCACUGUCUUGCCUGGUUUAUAUCUGACUACAUCCAGCUGACUGGAGUUCAGGGCGGCCCGCUGUGCUUCUCUAAGCUCGACUUCGCUGUGGCGUGGUUCAUCAGAGAGUCGAUGGCGGUGCAGAUCUUCCUGUCGGCUCUGUGGGACCCGACUAUCAGCUGGAGGACCGGGCGGUACCGACUGCGCUGCGGCGGCACCGCAGAGGAGAUCCUUGACGUCUAGUUACCAUGGCAACAGGCUAUACCACCCUCCUCGUCCUGGUGAACAGGAAGAGGAGGAGCCAGAGAAAGAGACUGACGUUGAUUUGUUUUUUAUGAGACAAACUGAAGAGUGUGCGCGUGUGUGUGCGUGUGUGUGUGUGUGUGUGUGUUUUUAUCUAUUUAUGUUCCUUUUGGUGCUAAAACUAAAUGAUGCCAGAACAAGCCAAUGAGAGCGCAGGAUGAAAGAAAAACAAAAAACAAAACGGGGAGUGACUCAUCACACUGAACAACUUUGAUCAUCAGAAAAACAUCAACCAGUCAGGAGGGAGGAGUUUAAAUCCUCUCGUCAUUGGAAGAUUUAUUUAAUUUUGCUCUGAAAGUCAGAUUUUUUUUAAACUGAACCUGAAGUACAGAACAGUAACUGUAACUAAGGUGAUGUCCUCAGAAGGCUUCAGUGCUGCAGACUCUUCUCAGCUGUAGUUACAUUAUGAAUCAGCUGUAGUUACAUUACAGUAGUUGUAAUUAUCACAGAUGGUUUUUUUGCUUCUAACGAGAAAAAAUCUGAACUAACAAAGAUUAAAAACUGAAACUCGGAGCUAAAAAAGGCUGAAAGUAUCAGAUUGCUGAGACACUGAUGAUGUUUCAUCAGAGAAACCAAACGAGAUGUUUUCUUCUCUUCACGACGUCCAUGUUGAGUGUUUCCACUGCAGGAACCUUUCAGGAACGUCAGCUGUGAAUUAAAGGAAACAGGAAGUAGGAAGCAGGAAGUAGAUGUGCUGCAGACUCUGAAUCCACUCGGCUGUUGCAGUCUCGGUGUGAUGACGUCAAACAGAAACGCGGCUGAACGGCGUCUGUUCGCUGUGACUCAGAAUAAAUGAGUCACUUGGUACAGAUGGCGUCUGUCUGCUCACUCAUCACAGCCAAUGAACACACAGGAUGACUGUGAUGUCAUUGUUCAUUCUAAAAGCUGAAUUUUCUCAGAAUGAGGAGAAAACGUCUGAGUUUGUUUCUCUGCUGAGCUCGUCGCGUUCACGAACCUCAACAUGAGUCAGCCAAUCAGGAGAGAGCGUGACGGGGAGGAGUCAUGACACUUCCUAUCAUCAAAACAAAACUGUUUCAUAUCUUACAACAAACAUUCGUUUAAUUUAACAAUAUUUUAAUAAAAGUUGUCAAAAACUAAAUGUGUUCUGUAAUAACAGUUGACACAGUUCAGCUGCUCGUUACCAGACUGACGACUGAUCAGCACGUCUUUAUACUGUUACAUAUGUUUCAUACAGGUGAAACCUGUAAUCAUCAAUUAUCAAGUUUUAGUGACAGAAAGUGUCCUGAUGUCUGCAGGAGUGACGUCACUGCAGAACCGGGCCGAUCAACUGGAGGAGUUUCUGUUUGUUCUUUUUAAAUUUUCUGUUUUAGGAUGAUUUUUUUUUUUUAUAUUGCUCCCUGACAAAAAAAACAAAAACAGGCGAACACAAGCGUCUCUCAGAACCGAGCACUGAGACAGGUCCAGUAUUCUGUGGCGAUGACGGUCGCAACAUUUCACGU